AAGCUUGCUCUCUCAAGUAUCACGGACACUCCUAAAUCGCUCUUCGCUUUCGCAUCCCCAUUUAUAAGCAGACGUAUCUCUGCUGAACGACGGAUAUGGUGUACAUUGGGAUCCCCAAGAACUAUACGACUUCCCCGUCCUCGUUUGCCGGGACGCCGUCUCUUACGAUAAAUCAUGAAGCUACCGUCGAUCUUGACUCGACAAAUGCAUUCGAAGGACCUGAAAAGCUUCUAGAAGUCUGGUUCGCUCCGUCUGCUAAGAAUCUCCUCGGAGCUUCUGAGCCUACCGGCCUUAAGGCCGUUCCUGCGGAAAUAUGGAAAGACAUGCUUGACCUCGUAAACUGCAAGGUGCUGUCUAUCGUGGAGUCCGAUGAUGUCGACGCCUAUCUCCUUUCCGAGUCCAGCAUGUUUGUCUGGCCUCACAAACUGAUCCUCAAGACUUGUGGCACGACCACACUGCUAUCCGGAUUACCACGUAUUUUGGAGAUUGCGGCUCUCUUUGCCGGAUUCCCGAAGUCCACUGCCCCUACGUCGAGGGGAAUUGGCGUUGCUGCUGCGCCUUAUCGUGUGUUUUACAGUCGGAAGAAUUUCCUCUUUCCAGACCGCCAGCGCGGCCCUCACCGCAGCUGGAGAGAUGAGGUCAAUACCUUGGACAAGCUUUUCCUUGGUGGAAGCGCUUACAUGAUUGGAAAGAUGAACGGGGAGCAUUGGUACUUGUACUUGACCGAGCCAUAUACUACGCUGACUCCUCCCGAGAGUCCUACGCAUGAGACCCAGACCAAGGUUCUCAAUUUGCCUGGAGAUAUGGCUGCGGCCAAAACCGAAGUGGAGAAGGGCGAAGAGUAUGACGAAACGCUUGAGAUCCUGAUGACGGACCUGGAAGAGGAGAACGCCAAGCAGUUCUAUCUCGACCAUGCGAGUGCGGUCGCAGAAACCCGUUACAGGGAGAUCGAGCAGGAGAGCAAAGAUCACUUCGACGUGUUCAGCAACUCUUCGGACAUGAGUGACGAGGGCUCCGACGGCGGCAAGACCUUGCCCCCGGAGCUCACUACGGAAGGACAUGCGCUGGGAACUGUCGUAUCGGAGACCAGUGGAUUGUCGGACGUCUACCCGACCAGCAAAUAUCCCGAGUCUCGCAUAGAUGCGUAUCUGUUCACUCCCUGCGGAUUUUCUGCUAACGGUGUUAUUCCGGCCCCUGAAGGUGCAUCUGGGACGCACUACUUCACUGUGCACGUCACACCGGAACCUCACUGUUCCUACGCGUCUUUUGAGACAAACGUGCCCCAUGCGCAGAAGGGCCGGGAGACUGCUGACAUCGUCAAGCACGUUGUGGACAUUUUCAAACCUGGACGUUUCAGCGUGACUCUCUUCGAGGCGAAGCCAGGCGUCGAUCAAGCCGACAGCGACGUCGACAGCGUUAAGACGCUUUCUCGUCACGCUGCUCGCCGGAAUGCCGGGAUGGAGCAAAUCCCCGGUUACCGCCGGGUUGACCGUAUCGUCCACGAUCUCGAUGGCUACGAUCUGGUUUUCCGCUACUAUGAGCGCAACGACUGGAAGGGCGGUGCCCCGAGGAUUGGAGAGUAUGGGUUCUGAUGAAUCUGGGGUCGUUUCCC